GCGGACGAGCGGAGCCCCGCCGUGCCGCAGGGAUUGAUCCGGGCCGCCCGGAAGAGCGGGCAGCUCAACCUGGCGGGUCGCGGCCUCGGCGAGGUGCCCCAGCACGUGUGGCGGAUCAACCUGGACACCCCCGAGGAAGCCCACCAGAACCUCUCCUUCGGUGCUGCGGACCGCUGGUGGGAGCAGACGGACCUGACCAAGCUGAUCCUGGCCUCCAACCAGCUGCAGUGCCUGUCUGAGGAUGUCAGGCUGCUGCCCGCGCUCAGCGUUCUUGAUGUACAUGAUAAUCAGCUGACAUCUCUGCCUUCUGCUUUAGGACAAUUAGAAAAUCUUCAGAAACUUGAUGUCAGCCACAACAAACUGAAAAGCAUCCCAGAAGAACUGCUGCAGUUGUCACAUUUGAAGAGCCUUCUUCUUCAACACAACGAGCUGAGCCACCUGCCAGAUGGAUUUGGGCAGCUCGUCAGUUUAGAAGAAUUGGAUCUGUCCAACAAUCAUCUUACAGACAUUCCAACAAGUUUUGCUUUGCUCAUUAACUUGGUGCGACUCAAUUUGGCUUGUAAUCAACUCAAAAACCUGCCUGCAGAUAUCAGUGCAAUGAAAAGCCUAAAACAACUGGAUUGUACAAAAAACUACCUGGAAACUGUACCUUCUGAACUGGCAAGUAUGGCAUCUUUGGAGCAGCUGUAUCUGAGGAAAAAUAAACUGCGUUCCUUGCCAGAACUUCCUUCGUGCAAAUUACUGAAGGAAUUACAUGCUGGUGAAAAUCAGAUUGAAAUACUAAAUGCAGAAAAUCUUAAGCACCUGAAUUCCCUGUCUGUGUUGGAACUUCGAGACAACAAGAUAAAAUCAGUUCCUGAUGAAAUCACUCUACUCCAGAAGUUGGAGCGACUUGACCUUGCCAACAAUGAUAUCAGUAGAUUGCCUUACACGCUGGGGAACCUUUCUCAGUUGAAAUUCCUGGCAUUAGAAGGAAAUCCUUUGAGAGCCAUUCGAAGAGACCUUCUGCAAAAGCUGUCCCUUGCAGAGCCACGUGUGUUCCUGGCACUUGCUGUUGUGAUUAUGCUGCAGUUCACUGAACACCUCGAGCUGUUACAGCCGUCCUUGCAGCUGUAA